AUGGUCCUCCAGGUCUACAAUGGUCCUCCAGUCCUACAAUGGUCCUCCAGGCCUACAAUGGUCCUCCAGGUCUACAAUGGUCCUCCAGGCCUACAAUGGUCCUCCAGUCCUACAAUGGUCUUCCAGUCCUACAAUGAUCCUCCAGUCCUACAAUGGUCCUCCAGUUAUACAAUGGUCCUCCAGUCCUACAAUGGUCCUCCAGUCCUACAAUGGUCCUCCAGGUCUACAAUGAUCCUCCAGUCCUACAAUGGUCCUCCAGGUCUACAAUGGUCCUCCAGUCCUACAAUGGUCCUCCAGUCCUACAAUGAUCCUCCAGUUAUACAAUGGUCCUCCAGGUCUACAAUGAUCCUCCAGUUAUACAAUGGUCCUCCAGGCCUACAAUGGUCCUCCAGUUAUACAAUGGUCCUCCAGGUCUACAAUGGUCCUCCAGGUCUACAAUGGUCCUCCAGGCCUACAAUGGUCCUCCAGGCCUACAAUGGUCCUCCAGGCCUACAAUGGUCCUCCAGUCCUACAAUGGUCCUCCAGUCCUACAAUGGUCCUCCAGGCCUACAAUGGUCCUCCAGUCCUACAAUGGUCCUCCAGGUCUACAAUGGUCCUCCAGUCCUACAAUGGUCCUCCAGGUCUACAAUGGUCCUCCAGUCCUACAAUGAUCCUCCAGUUAUACAAUGGUCCUCCAGGCCUACAAUGGUCCUCCAGGUCUACAAUGGUCCUCCAGGCCUACAAUGGUCCUCCAGUCCUACAAUGGUCCUCCAGUCCUACAAUGGUCCUCCAGGUCUACAAUGA